CACCUAAAUCAAUUGACGGAGAGGGAGUAACGUGAUUGCGCGAGAUGUUUUAUACUUGCAUAGCUUACCGGGCAUGAAUAAAUCAGAGCACUUCACUGUGCUUAUUAAAUUCUUCCAUCACAAAGCCUUAAGCACUUCCGGUAUAUUAACCUCUGCUGGUCUCUCCGGCGAUCGUUUCACCGGCGUAAAAUCUGCGAUCUUACAGAGAUGAAAUGCUGGGGCAUGGCAUAGUUUAAAAGGAAGAUCGCAUCCAAACGAAAAUAAGAAUUGGCAGAGAGAAGACAUGGCUGAUUUUGUGACAUCUACUCAUAGAACCAAGUGGAUUUUUACUCCCCAAGAUAUUAAACAUAAGUAUAAAGUUGCUAAUCACAGAGCGAAACAAGCACUGGAGAAGUAUGGAACAACGCGAAUGGAAGUUGAUAUUGAUGGGUCGUUCUCGUAUGCUGAAAGCCAAAAUGACGCCAAAGAUAAUGCUGAAAAGCGUCCUAAACCACUCAAGGUUGAAGAAGAACAACUUCUAAAGGCUUUCUACGAGUUCAAAAUUCAAGACGUCUGUGAUGCCUUUAAGUUCCCACGUAAGAUUCAGGCGACAGCUCUCAUUUAUUUUAAGAGGUUUUAUCUACAAUGGUCCGUGAUGGAACAUCACCCCAAAGACAUUAUGUUAACCUGCAUAUAUGCAGCUUGCAAGGCAGAGGAAAACCAUGUAUCAGCUGAGGAGCUUGGGAAGGGUAUUGGACAGGAUCAUCAUGUAAUCCUCAACAAUGAGAUGCUGGUUUUCCAGAGUCUAGGAUUUGAUCUAAUUGUUUACUCUCCAUAUCGUGCUCUUGAAGGUUUUAUCAGUGAUUUAGAGGAAUUCUGUGGAGCUAAAGAUGAAGACCAGCUUGUGGCUCUGAAGGGUUCACUUGAUACUGCUAGGACUGAAGCAGAUAAGAUUAUGCGUUCUGAUGGACCACUUCUUUUCCCACCUGGGCAGUUGGCAUUGACAGCUUUACAUAGAGCUAACGCAGUGCAUAGCAUAUUUGAUUUUGAGAGGUACCUAAGAAGUGUCCUAUCACGUUAUCAGCCAGCUCAUGCCAUUUCAGAACUUACUGGUUCUAUAAAUGCCAUUGAUUCUUUGAUUGGUAAACUUUUGACUCCGACCUCCAAAGAUGUGAAGCACGUUGAUCGGAAACUCAAAUCAUGUCUUGAUCCGGGUUCACAUGACAAGAGUAAAAAAAGGAAGCAUAGAUCCAAAGAUAGCUCACAUGAGGCUACUGACUUAUAUUGAACUGCUCUAACUCAAGUUUGUAGCUUCAAAGCAUAUCUUCUUUGCCCAGUGGAAAUAGUGUUUCUCAUUGCUGCUCAUCAGUUCCCUAAUAUAGAACAAAAAUUGAAGCCAGACUGUAGAAGUAGAGGCGGGUCGAGGAUUUAAGAUCACAAAUUUCUCAUGACUUUUUUCUUAAAUUUUGUACUAUGAAAUCAAUCAGUAGUUUAAACUUCUGAGUGUUAGUUAAUCUGGAAUUUACUGUUUGGAGAUGUAAAAGCUCACUUUUUAGAAAUGAGAAUGUUGUUCUUAAUGAGAACUUCAAAGUUUAAUAUGCAGUUCUUGCUUUUUUAAAAUU